UCAGGAAGUGAUGGCACUGCUGUUUCUAUUUAAAACGAAUGGACCGGCAAACCCGAUAACACAGUGAACAAUUCAAAAUGGUGAAUAGUACAGCAGUAGGUUGUAUAUCUGACCACGAAUCAUUGUCCAGACCAGUCAUGUUGACUAUAAUCACGGCUGCUGGCGCAGCAAUCAUAGUCACAAUCUUUGGUAACAUUUUAGUGAUAAUGAGCGUUGUUCAAUAUCCACCCUUGCGAUCUGUUCCCAAUAUAUUUAUUGUAUCAUUAGCUGUAGCUGAUUUAAUGGUAGCUAUUGGCGUGCUACCGCUAAACGUAGUGUAUAAUAUUACUGGAGUAUGGCAUUUUGGUGGUGUUGUUUGUAAACUAUGGCUAACGUGUGACGUACUAUGCUGCACAGCAUCUAUUCUCAAUUUGUGCGCAAUUGCUUUGGAUCGUUACCGAGCUAUAACUCAGCCUAUUGCAUACGCUCAAAAGCGAACAGUGUCUCGCGUAUUAUGGACAGUGGCCAUUGUAUGGCUAGCAAGUGCUGUUAUAAGUUCACCGCCGUUAAUUGGUUGGAACGACUGGCCAGAAGCAUUCGAUGAACAAACGCCAUGUGCGUUAACCACUCACCCUGGAUAUGUAGUAUACUCUUCUAUGGGUUCUUUCUACAUUCCACUAGUUGUGAUGAGCAUAACAUAUCUAAGAAUUUAUAUAGCUACGCGACGUAGACUGCGGAGAAGAGCUCGCGUAGCAUUACCUCAAAAUAACCAACAAAAAAUCCAGGCUGAUUGUGGUAGUGGAUCAGUAAAACAUCACAAAGAAAAGACCAAACGUACUGAAAUAGCUACUGGUGAUUCAGCUAGUAGUAGUGAUGAAGUGGAUGUUGCAACAGCUAUUUCCGUUAAAACCGCUCAACUACCAAAGAGUGGUAAACAUGUCAACCAGCUGUUAGAACAUAAGAAGCGCAUAUCGUUAUCUAAGGAGCGAAAAGCUGCCAAAACUCUUGGAGUCAUUAUGGGUGUGUUCGUCGUUAGUUGGUUACCGUUCUUUAUCAUCUACCUUUACUUCCCGUUUUGUAAAAUAUGCUGCCCUCCAUCUAAAGUUCUCGUCAAUGUAGUUACGUGGCUGGGGUAUCUAAAUUCUACAGUCAAUCCAAUAAUCUAUACCAGAUGUAAUAUGGACUUCCGGAGGUCAUUUAAAAAAAUUUUACACAUGGAUUAUCGUUAAAAAUAACGAAAAUAGCGAAUAAAAUCAUAAGUAAUAAAUGGAGAUGUAAAAAUUCUAGUUAAUAAAAAGUAAAAUUUUUACUUUGAAGAUUUAAGAUCUAUUGUUAUCGAGUAAAAUUAUGUUAAUAUCAAAUGCAGAGUUUUGGGUAGACGUUUAAGUUGUAUUAUGAAUCGAGAUUGGAUAUUACAAGAAUGUGUUAUAAGAUUGGUUGACAAUUAUUAUUUAUCAAGUUCCAAUAGGAUAAAACAAUUUAUCAGAAAAAUACCUCUCUUUUACAUAUUUAAUGAAUAUGUAGAUAUAAAUAUUUUUUUUAUUUUAGAAAAACAAUUUAUACAAGCACAUAUACAAUAAGUUUUUUUUCUAAAGUAUCUUAAAAGGCAAUUAAGGAAGCCACUCUUUGGUAACACCUUCAUAAGUAAAGUUGAGAUAUAUUAAUAGAUUUCUAUUCCAGUUACGUUUUAAAAGGUUGUUUGAAAUAAUAGUCCUGUACAUAUGUUAUAUUGAAAGAUUUAAAUUUAAGUUAAGUUUGGUGUGAAAUCUAAAGUAGUGUAAUUUUGCAAGUUUGUUAACAAUGUCUAUUUAUAAAUCUUUAUAUAAAUUAUUAUUAAUAAUGUACCAAGGAGUAUUUGCGAGCAUUCGAAGUGAUAAAUUUUAAAACGGCUAUGCAGAUCUUAUUGUUGAAGAUUUAACUAAUCCUCAUAAGCCCACAUUCGAAUUAUUCACUUAUAUGAGUAGUUUAGUCCUGAGUAGCAGGUUAUACUUGAGCAGAGGAAGAAAAGGACACAAUCUAAUGUUUACCUUUUUCUUUUUUUCCUUGUGGUUGGUUAGGCACCCAGGUUAGUCAUUUAUCUAGAAUUAAACCUAAGUAUUUUGUUUAUUUUUGAAUAGAUAUAAUGAAGUUGUUAAAAUUUACAAGCAGGCAUAUAAAUAUAGUUUAGUAGUAAACCAUCAAUGAUUUUUUACUCGUACUAUAAAUAACAACAAGGUGUAUGAUAAAAUUAUAUAAAUGUAUACUCCAUUUUUCAUAAAACUUUUUACGAUUUUACCUUCUGUUUAAUUUUAGUAAUAUUAAUUUCUAUAAAGUUGAUCAACUUAAAACCUAAUUUAUAUUAGGUUAUUAUAUUCAGUCUUAUUUUAAUAUACAAUUAAGGUCCUUAGAUUAUUUAAAAGUUGUACAUAAUGUUUACUAAUGAAAGUAAGAAAAAGUCAUACAAAAACAUAAAUUUUAUUUUUGACAGUGUUUCAAAUGAUAUGAUUCGCUUAAAAACAUGGUUAGAAUUGACUUUAGGUUCUGCGAUAACAUAAAUAAGAUGAGAAAAUCCAGAUGAUCAGUAAGCCCAAACUAACGAUCAUGUACUUCAACGAAAAUGUAUCAAAUGUUACGUAAUAUAUUUUUAAGGAUUUUGUAUUCAAUUUUAUUUGUUUACUUUUGAAUAUAGUAAACCGUUCUAGUGUAAACUUUACUAUUAAUCGAAAUUGCUUUUCAACACAUGUGGUACUUGUGACAUUAAGUUGUAAGUAUUUUUGAUUGGUAAAUGAUUUUGUUUUAUCGGCACAUGACAGAAAAGACAAUGCAACGUCAAAAAAACGUGAUAACUACAAUAUUUCAAUAGGAUAAAUAGCAUACAUAUUUUUUUAUAUUUAUAUAUUGUGGUCUGAGUAUUCUAUAACUGAAAUAGACAUUGUACAUAAUAUGUACUAUUUAUAUAAUUUUAUUAUUAUUCCCAUAUAAUAAAAUUCCCAGGCAACAAUUUUAAAAAGUAUUGUUAUAAAAACAUUUUUAUAACAUUAUAUGUUAUAAUAACAUUACAAAAACAUGUUAUUAGGCUUAUUAUUGUUACAAUGAAUAAGAGCUACAGGGGGUGAAUGGUAAUAAUAUGGGAACAACAACAUUUACCCUUUACACUAUCAUGUGUAAAACAAAUGUAGUCAAGAAACAAACAUUCAUAUACACUCAUUUAUACUCACUCGCUUAAAUUGUUAUAAAACCAACUCGAUAUUCACUAUAUAAUUGAAUAAGAAUAAAUUAAUCAAAAACCAUGAAAAACUAUUUGAAAGAUGUAUUGUAAGUGAAUACACUGUAAUAUAAAAAUAAAUUCCUUUAAGUUAAUAUUUUUAGCACAAACAAUUAUUUAUGUUUGAAAAUUAAUGAUAAAAAAUAUAUGUGAUAGAAUUAUAAAUAUAACAAAUUUUGUAAGAAUACAAUUGAAGAUAUUACAAGAGCAUUAAAAUUUUAAAUCAUUCAUGAACUUUGUAUCUGACAGUAUAUUAUAAAAAUUGAGUCGUUUAUAUCUUCUUUUUUUUCCUCGUCUUAAUCUCAAUCACUUGGGGUUGACCACCCUUAUCCUAAACGUCCACUUGACAAGAUAUCCAACAUCCUUAACGCUCACAUCAGCUUUCCUAAUAUCGCAUUCAAUAACAUCCCUCUAUCUCUUUUUUGGUCUUUUUCUACCUCUUCUUCCUUCAACAUUCAUUUCUAUAAUUGUUCUUACAUUCUCAUCCCCUCAUAACAUGACCAAACCAUCUAAGUCUUUUUUCUCUCAUCUUAUCCACGAUUGACGCUACACCUAUACUUCCUUUUAUAUGUUCUUAUUCUAUCAUUUUUAGUCACUUCACUCAUCCAUCUAAGCAUUCUUAUCUCUGCUACACUCAUUAUUUACUCUACUUUCUUAUCAACUGCCCAAAACUCUGAACCAUGCAUCAUAGCUCGUCUCACUAAAGUCUUGUAGAAUUUACCUUUCAGCCUCAUUGGAAUUCUUUUAUCGCAUAAGACUCCAGAAGCUUCUCUCCACUUCAACAACCCGCACUUAAUCCUGUGUAUUACAUUGUCUUUAAUACCAUCGCUCUUUUGCACAACUGACCCUAAAUACUUAAAACUUUCUACCUCUCCAUUCACGUCCUCUCCUAUUGUCACUGAUCUCCUCAUUUCACCUACCAUAUGUUCUCUUUUGUCAAACAUGUACUCUAUAUAUUCUGUCUUGCUUUUACUUAUUCUUAAACCCUUUUCUUCAAGAGCUGAUCUCCACACCUCUAGCCUUUGAUUAAUUUCCUUCCUAUUUUCUUCUAUUAACACUACAUCGUCAGCAAACAACAUCAUUUCAUCUAUCACUAUAGAGAAUAAGUAAGGGCUUAAAACAGAACCUUGGUGCACUCCUACUCUUACACAAAAACUACUGUUACUCUUCCUACGCUUUUUACCCUGAUACAAGUGCCAUCAUACUCAUCUUCUAUUAUAUUAGCGUACCUUUUCGGGACUUCUUUUUUCAUUAAUGCCCACUGUAAAACCUCUCUCGGUGUAUGCUUAACUAUUAAAAAUACAUUAUUCAUAAACGUUUGUUAGUUAAUUGUCAAAUUAAUUCAAUCUCGUAUAAUUACGUAUGUAUACGUUCAGUUAAAUGUUUAAAUAUAGCAAUAGUUUAUUAUUCCAAAUAAUUUGUGUCUUAAAUAAUAACCAAUUUUACUUUUGUAAAAAUUUGAUACAAAUCAACCACUUUUUUUUUUAAAUAUACCUGUUAAAAUAUUGACAAAUUUUUGUUAAAUAUUUUAUUUUGUUUCAAUGUUUAUAAUUUAUACGCUCAACGUUAUUUAUUUGUUCAGAUAAAAAUAUAUUGUAUAUAAAUGUAUAAUUAAUUGGUAUGCCUAUCUGUAUUGAUCAUAAUAAUGCUUCAUAUCUUACAUAGAGCUAAAAUAAUUCCUUACUUUUGUAUCUAGUAUUACUAGUUAAGUUAAAUUUUCGUUAUAAAUAAAGAUUUAUCUUAUUUAUUGUUAUUUAGAUAAACAUUUUUUUGGCUAUAUUGAAAGAAUAGGGAAUUGAUUAAAAACUUUUACUUAUUAACAAAUGCCAUCCUAAUCAGAAAUCCACUAUAAUCACAUUUCUGACGUUUAAAAUGAUACUCUAUUCUUCUCGAAAGAUUUUUAUCAUAGUAUAAUUUGAAUAUUAUUAUUUAUUCAUUUUUUGUAAUACAAUGUAAAGAAAAUAGUAUAUUGUUAAUAAUUUAUUCAGCAAUUAUUUAAAAAAAAUGUUUUAGAUAAUUUUUUGUAUAGUGUCUUGUUUUUGUUUUUUAAUUAUUUUUUAGUGUUAAAUAUUAGACUUUUCAUUGUGUAAAAUGAAAAUUAAAAGUGUAUCAAUGUUUUAAAUUUGUAUAAAAUAUGUAUAUACGUGUUUAUUUACAUUAAAUAUGUUGUUUAUUUUUAACAAACAAUACUAGUACUUAUAAGUAAUUAAAGAUACAUAAUCAUAAAAUGGCAUAAGUGGAAUGUUUUAAAAUUAUUUUGAAUAAAUGCUCAACUUUCUUUAAUCGCCCAACAAAAACAAUAAAAAAUAAUGAUAAGAAACCUAA